CUCCCCUCUCCUCUGUUCACAACUCGCCUGGGCUGAGAAAGAAAGCAACAUAUGCCCAAAGACUCAUUCUUCAUCGGGAUGUAGCCUACUUCCUUGAAUCUGGGCACAAAGUGAAUCCCCUCAGCUGACAUAGCUGCAGAGGGGUCGUUGUUCUGCGCGCCAUUCCGGUGAACACAGCGCCAAAAAACAGCAGCGCUGCUGCGUAAAGUCUUGAGUGGAUGACAGUCGACGUUCGGGCAAGUCCUGUGUGGGCGAGAGAAAAUAUCUGGUGAUCGGAAGAUAAAACGCUUAGUCAGUGAGAUCGAAAAGUUGAAUGAAAGUUGGAGCGAACAAAAACGUCGCAGCUCUCGGAGUGAAUUCACGCGUAAUGCGCCAACGUUACUUUUUUUAACCACUGGAAAAUUUUGCCAUGAUUAAUUGAGCUCAGCAUAAAUAGACGCAGUAGAAAAGGCUUCCAGCUUGAAUAAGAAUCCACUUUGCAAAUGCUGUAAAUAACUUGUUGAAUCAGCAGCUCGUCCCGAGAGCGCAAGUAAAUGAUGCUGCCGGCGGCAAACACCACAAUUGACAGGCGCUCAAGAUCCGAAUCUGCUGACAUAUGAGGAGUGUCGCUCCUCUCAAAAAAAAAAAUCACUUCUGACCGAUUGUUGACCUUUUCGUCAGCGAUCUGCACUGUUGAAAAGGCUCACCUGUUGACACGUCUCAUCAGCCAGUCAGAUGCGCUGCCAGUCAAAAGCAGAAUAACUGCUUGGAGGCUUAUAGUCACCUGAAUAACAAGCUGAAGAUGCUACCACUGUUCCUAAAUGCUUCAUCGCACCAUUCAGACCAUCAAGUGAUUUAGAAGCUCCUCCGUGGUGCAGCAAAGACAACAACAUACAAGGGAAAUUCUACAGAAACCAUAAAGAAAAAGAUCAGCAAUGUUUUGGCCUAUAUUACUCACCCUUCAGGGCGUGUGUACCAGUGUGACACAUGCUAUGCAACAUUACCCUGCAGCCUGGGGACACUAUGACGUGUGCAAGUCCCAGAUCUAUACAGAGGAGGGCCUUGCAUGGGACUACAUGGCCUGUCAGCCAGAAGCCACCGACAUGACAAAGUACCUGCGAGUGGCCCUUGACCCCCCAAACAUCACGUGUGGAGAUCCGCCCGAGACGUACUGCGCUUUGGAGAAUCCUUACAUGUGCAACAACGAAUGCGAUGCUGCUACCGAGGAGCUGGCCCAUCCUCCUGAGUUGAUGUUUGACUUUGAAGGCCGAAAUCCCACAACAUUCUGGCAGUCGACGUCGUGGAAGAAAUAUCCAAAGCCUCUGCAGGUCAACAUCACGCUGUCCUGGAACAAGACGAUUGAGCUAACCGAUGACAUCGUUAUCACCUUUGAGUCAGGCCGACCGGAGCAGAUGGUCCUGGAAAAGUCGCUAGACUACGGCCGCACCUGGACCCCUUACCAGUUCUACGCCACUGACUGCCUGGAUGCUUUCACCAUGGAGCCCAAGACAGUGAAUGACCUGUCCCAGCGCACCCUGCUGGACAUCAUUUGUACUGAGGAAUACUCCCGAGGCUAUGUGUGGAAGAACGACAAGACCGUCCGCUUUGAGAUAAAGGACCGCUUCGCUCUAUUUGCCGGACCUCGUCUACACAACAUGGCUUCGCUAUACGGCCAGCUGGAUACCACCAAGAACCUGAGAGAUUUCUUCACGAUCACAGAUCUGAGGAUUAGACUACUAAAGCCUGCUACUGGAGCCACCAUGGUGGAUGAGAACAAUCUAUCCAGAUACUUCUACGCAAUAUCUGACAUCAAGGUACAGGGCAGGUGCAAGUGCAACCUGCAUGCCAACAGCUGUGUGUUCGACAAGGGGAAGCUGGGCUGUGAGUGUGAGCACAACACCACAGGGCCGGACUGCAGCCGCUGCAAGAGGCACUACCACGGCAGAGCCUGGAGUGUGGGCUCCUACCUCCCGAUACCCAAAGGAACUGCCAAUAUAUGCAUUCCCAGCAAUCAUGGACCAGUGCAUCGAGCAAAUGCUUCAUCUCUCGGUGUUGCAAAUCGCAACCAAGCUCGGGUGUGUGACAACGCGAUGCUGCGCUGUCAGAACGGCGGCACGUGCCACCACCAUCAGCAGUGCCACUGUGCCCCCGGCUUCACGGGUGUCCUGUGUGAGAGAGCUAGAUGCCAGGGUCCCGGAGAGUGUGACGACCAGCUAUCUGGACGGGCAGCGCUCCAUCAUCACCCCAUAGACCAUCGGCUUUUUCUUCCCCUCGUAAUGCUCCCGCUUUCAGUCGUUUCCCUUUGCUGAGAGGCUUGAACCAAAAUCCUCAAAAUAAAACCCUGAGACCACAAACGCUGAGAUUGAACUCUUAACCUUAUGGACAUGAACAAAAAAACAAAAACAAAGAAUGUGUGGACAAUGUGCUCAGUAUAAGCAACUUUUUUUAUAUAUAUCCAAGAUCAAGUUGGUGAGUGAAGAUGAAAUUAGUGCAGCAGGUUCAAUGGCAAAAAGAUUUCUGGAAGGCUCGGUGAAUAAAAAGAAACUGUUGUUUUGUAACCUCACAUUAAAAGACUGUAGGCGCCCUUGCUUUGUGAUAAUGUCUUUCUCCUUAUAUCCCAUCAUGGAGAGACUGGAGAUUAUCUGCCUGGACAAAGCAACCCAGAUUCUGGUGACAAACUGUACAAAAACUAGACACAAGAUUUCUAGAUAUCAUCUCAAGUAUUAUGAAAAAAAUAUUGUGGAGAGAGACCUCUUUAAAGGAUGGUUUGGAUUUUUUUUGAUGUGAAGUUAUGUAGAACGAUUAUAAGUAAUGGUGCCCUUACUUGUAGACGAGGGAUGUCACAGUUCAAUGAGUUCGAUGAAAAGUGAGGAAUCCCUCAGGCUGAAAGCUAAUAACUAGUCAGACAAAAAAUACAAAAAAAAAGCCGUCUCAUGCUAUUCACACACCCUGGGUUUUAGGUGAUUUUAACAACUAAAGACAACUAAUACUGAUACCCGUGGUAUAUUAACGCAUUUUACAGUCUACAAUUUUACAAAAGGCAUUUGUGAAGUCUGUUGAUGUUUGUUUACACUACCAGACAUAAGGAAAAUCCAUUGAGUGACAAAGGUGAGUCCAAACUUUUGUCUGGUAGUGUAAAGGCCAAAACACACCAAACCAUCCGAUCCGACAGAAAAUCACGUCGUAGUAAUUAGAUCUGGUCAAAGUGAAUGGAGUCAGGUAGACCACCUUGUGAUUUUCUGCAGCUGUACUGCGUAGCGUAGACCAAGGUAGACCCUUGCUCUAUCUUGGUCAGAGCUACGCAGCAAUUUUUAACGGGAAAUGCAAGAGUCAGACAAGGAAGAGUUAGUAAAACACGUCCACUUUGGGGAAAAUACAAAAUAUAUUCUCCGAACUGCAAGGCAAACAGAAUGUCAUUUCCGGCCAGGUGCGUCCCGAUAAAGAUUCUGGAAAACACACAGGUCAAUAAAUAAACAAUACAACUUUUCAAUAAACUGUGUACUUACCCAUGGAGCUCAGACGUACAGCAAACAGAUAAGACAAUAAACAGCGAUCUUCUUUGAGCUUGUUCCAAGCAGCAACUGCAGCUUUAGAUUUAUCCCCCAGCUUGUUUAUGUUGGCGGGAUAUCCGGGACUUGUGGUUUGCACUAUCGUGUGAAUACAAGAUCUCGCAAGUCCAGCGGCCGUUGAAAAAAAUCUUCAUGGAACGGAACGUGGGGUUGGACGGAUCGGAUGUUUUGUGUUUCAGGCUUACAUCUGUAUUACUAUGUAGACGUUGGCGUUCUGAGGCUCCUGCCGCUAUCCUUCUGUUGAAUCCGCGGUGACACGUCAGCCUACAGGGAAAACUUUUCACAACUUCAAGACAGGUGACGCAAAAUAAAAAAUUUUACUUUAUAUUACUCAAACUCUCUGCGGGUCUAGAUUUUUGACGCAGAUUAGCGAGUCAGUGACGAUCAGGCCAUCUGAUACCGUGGGCAGCUUUAGCACUCAUAAUGUCAGGCAGUACUACAGACGUUCAACUGAGGGCGGUACACAUCAAAAUUGGCUCAUAUCUACUAAUGAUAAUACUAUCUUCUCAUAUAUGGCAUUCUAUCCCUCGGAUAUUCUGUUUGAGUUUGAUACUAAUAUCCACAAAUGAUGCUAGUAUGCGCUAGUGAUGUAUUCCAUAAUUAUACGCAUUUAUUCGGUUGGAGUUUUAAAAUACGAAAAUCAGCUUAACCUCUUUAGACCCAAACUAUUUAGAUCAAAGAGGUGUUUAGACACCUGAAAAAACACUGAAAAAGAUCAAUUUAUCUUUAAAUAUAUAUGCCUGAGCAAUGUCCUACCUUCUUUACAGAAAAAUAUAUGUUUGAAGAGAAACUGAUCAUUCUCAGAUAUAUCAACUUUUAGACAAAUAUUCUCAAGUCUUAAGGGGCUAAAUGGAUUCCCUCUCUGACUAACUGUUAGUCUCUCACUGUCUGAGGAGCCCUUUACUUCUCCAGUCAUGUGACAUCUGUUUACCACAGGUAAAGGAGCCAUUACUGGUAAUACCUCCACAACACCUCACUUUAAAAAAUCCAGACGAUUGCUUUAAAGGCAUCUUGCCUCACUGCCUCCCAUUUUCAUACUUGGAUUUUUACCACAACCCCAUCUCUCACCCCCGCCCCGUCACCACCACCACCGCCCUGCCGCUCCUGUGCUUUAGUGGCCCUAGUGAUUUUACUUUGCUGCUGCAGGGUGUGUGCGUUGUUUUGCCAGAAGCUGCACAUGUAUUACUAUCAACCCCUCCCUGCAAUUUCCAGUCCAGUAUUGUUUCAUUUUUCAAAGGCUUUGUAGUAUUGCUUGAGCUCACCUGUAUCAGAAAAAAAAGUUGUACAAUACUGUAAGUGUAUUUAAUUUUGUAUAAAACAGAUAUUUUCAUGAUUAUGCAAAACAAACAAAAAAAGAUGUAUUACUUGUUUUCUACUGCUGCUGACCCGUCCAUUAGUAGAUGUGGACUAAGAGUGACUAAGGAAA